UUUGGGAGCAGUGGCAGUUCCUCUCCGCCCUCUGGUGGAUGCAAACAGCGGAAAUCCUCACAGGCACCCCUCGCUUUACAUCGUUUUAGCGUGUCUUCUCGCCCCACGGACGUGUUAACUUCAUGUUAGGAUUCUUCUGAAAAACCUAACCGGAAUUAAAAUGUGUUUCAAGAAAGUCGAUGUAGAAACUUGAAGAAGAAUCGGCGAGGCAGUGCGCCUGGUGAAGACGCGCUGGUGGAAGUUUCGUCGGGACGCUACCAACUAAACGGAUUUUUGGAUUACUUUGUCUGCUUUCAAGGGUUUGUGUCCAUUUAAUAUCUAAGUCAUCUAAAGCGCCACUUUGAUCUGGGCUGGGCAGGAGAGCAGCAAGAACCAGCAAGGCCCUUCUGUGGCCAGACUUUCUGCAGGAUGGGCAGCUUUUCCAGCAAGGAGAGCCAUGGACUCACCGGAAACCAAUUGGAUAGUUUCCACACUCCUCCUGCUUCUCCACAAAGUGACGAACCUGGAAUUGUACUCGGUGCCCCCAGGCUCCUCCCCACCAUAUCACCGAAAUCUCCCAGUGCAGUUCCGUCUUCACCUCCUGUCUCGGUGCUCGCAUUCUCCAGCGUUAAGCGAUCGCAGCCAAGCUGUGCCAUUCCUCCACCUGAGUGGAGGCCUCCUCCACCACGGCUCAACUCAGAGAGCUCGGCAGCUGUCUCGGCAGUCAAUCCAGUGUCAACCAAGCCGGAAAGUACAUUAGCAGUGAAAGGACACAUUACCUCCGGCAGAAAUGGGACUCCUUCUAUUUCUACGCCUCGGACUGUGGUUGCACAGGGCAAGUGUGCGCCGUUCAGCCCUACAAAGAGCCCAUCGUCUACGUGUAGCUCCUCGCUGGCUGUGAGCAGCUCUUCCGGGCCAAAAUGGAGAGAAAGGGAUGGCAGCCUGAGUCAGCCUUUCUCGCCAGGUCCAGAGGCCAGAGAUGUCCAGUCCAAGGAGCUGGAGAGGUUAUUGGACGAGUGCCGGAUAACAUUAGGGACCUCUGACAGUCAUGAUGGGCCCACGGAUGUCAUAGAAAUGCUGAAACAUCUCCAGGCAGAGGUGAAGAAUUUAAAGAGUCAUAUGCAGAGUGAGCGGACGGAAUGGCUGCAAUUCCAGGCUGACCUUCAGGUUGCCGUGUCAGUGGCUGACCGUCUAAGAGCCGAGGCCGAAGAGGAGCUGACUGCGCUCCGAACGGCCCAUAAAGAUGUGGAGAGGGAACUGGCUGCUGCCCUGCACAGACAGAAGGAGACCGACAUGCAGCUUGUCACUUUGAGAGGGGAGCUGGAGGAGAGCAGGCAGAAGGUGGCUACCCUGAGUCAGACUCCAGACAAAACUAAUGCCCGCGAAGAAGAGAAGACCGAACCUCUGAUGAACUCUGACAGCAGUGAGGGAAGCCAGAGGGGGAAGGAGAGAGGGGUGUACCGGCUGGCAGGGAGUGCGACUGACAGCAUUGUCAGGGAGGACUGUGUGGCUGUCACUAAGCGAUACCUGAGGAAUGUAACCAAUGAGGAAAGGAGGAGGGAAGAGAUGCGAUCGGGUGAGACGCGAAGAACAGCAGCCACUGAGAGGUCAAGAAGCCUCUCCCGAUUACCAGCGCACUCGGACUCCAUCACAUUACAGAAUGGAACUUCCCAGUCAACCGCCUCCACAACACUUGAACCAAUAAACAAAAAUUUAGUAGCACUUCGAGGACGAAGAAGCCUGGACCAACAAGAGAGCAGGUCAAACACCGAUACAGGGAAACGUGAAGAAACUCUAAACAAGUACAACUCAACUCUCUCUGACCUGCCACCAACCAAGUUCCAGGAUGGUUUCAACCUGCUCCUGCGUCGUCAUGGAGGCUCAAAGAGGAAUUCUCUAUUACGUUGGUGUCAGAGCCAAACCCAAGGCUACAAAAAUAUUGACAUUACCAAUUUUAGCAGCAGCUGGGUGGAUGGCCUAGCAUUUUGUGCCGUUUACCACAGCUACCUCCCCUCACGUAUUCCUUAUAGCAGCCUCAGCCCAGACAACAAGAGGGACAAUCUCAGUUUAGCAUUCAAAACAGGCGAGACUGUUGGGAUUGUCCAAUCUUUGACUGUUGAGGACAUGCUGCGUCCAGGUGGUCCUGACUGGCAAAUGGUCCUGAGCUAUGUGGAGAGCAUGUAUCGUCACUUUGAGAUGUAACUGAUGGAGGUACUAAAAAUCAGUCUUGUCUAUGAAAUUGUAAUCCAAGGGCAAACUAACUAUAACAGCAAAGAUGCUGGCUUGGCAAGUUUUUCUGUAUUUGGGUUAUUCAACAAAAGUUUACAACCUGUAGCCUUUUGACCUUAAAGUAAAGCAAAAGAUGAUCUUAUGUGAAGAAAUGUGACUUUGUUGAGACUGGCUCAUAUAAAAAGCAUUACGUUUUGGUGUAUGUGUAGUAUAAUGACACAUAAUGUUUGCCUUGUGUAUAAUGAAUGUAUUUUUUUUUUAAUUCAAGUUGUUUGUAACACUGAAGAAAAUGGUUGACUGUGUUGCAUUGCGAAAGCAUUAUUUUUAAAGUGUGUCUCAUCAAUGAGUUUUGUAAUUGUGAUUCAGAUUAUCAGUCUGAGUCCAAAGUGUAAAACAUUGAUUCAUCCCAAUGAAUACUGUCUAAUUUAUUCAGGAAGUGCCAUAAACUUGUGUUCAAAGUGAAAGUACAUUAUUGCACUUCUAAUAGACCGUUGGUAAAGCACAUUAGUUGUAAGCCUCUCCACACUGGUACUUACCUUACACAAGUACUGUAUUUCGUUCUGGUUUUGCCAAUUCUGCAUGUGAAUGUUAUUGUAUACAUGCUAUGUUCUGCCUGCAUGACUUAUCAUUUCACGUUAAAUGUACAGUCGAGCCGAUACCUUUUUAGCAAUUGCCUAAUGUGCACUUAAGACCGGCACUUUGUCUAUCUGAGAAUCUAUUGUAAAUGUGGACAGCCGCUUUGGUCAUGCGUGCACUUAUUUGGUUGCAGGAACAGCGAAAUAGCCACGGUUGAAGUGUCCAGGCCUGGCUGGUAAUGAUCACAAUGUAAAAGAAUCACAUUGAAAGUUUCAUGGCGUUAAAUACUCAGGGAUGUGCAUUAGAGGGGGGCAAAUAUAUAUAAUAUACAAGGCAGCACAGGAUUGCACAUCCGUCACACUAAUACUUAGACAAAUGCCUUUCUGAGACUUCUUGAAAGUGGACUUUGUACUCGUUAUAUGUACAUGCCAAAUAUUUGACAAACCUCCUUGUAAAAUGUUAAUAUGUAACUAGUGUUAAUACCAAAGAAUAAAAUGUUGACAUGAACUAAAUGUUGAAGCCGGACGUUGUGAUUUAUCUAAGAUUUGGAAAGAUAAUGCACAACAGGGUUUCCUCCACUUCCAAGUCAAGGCAGAGGAAGCACUAAAUAGGCUCCUGUUCCAUAAAACAAUUCCGCUUCUUCGGUACAGUAGUAUGAACAGAGCCCUGGCUUGAUGAUGGAUUAUUAUGGUCUCUACUACCACCCUGUGGUAAAUUGAAGUAACUACAGCCAAGUUUCAACUCCCCAUGCUUCUUUUGUGUUGGCUGAUUUUACAUGCAAUACAAUUUUGGAAUACAAACAAAAUUAACUACAACGACACAACAAUUUCCCUUGCCUGGCACAACAAGAGAUUCACUGUUUACUUGUGACUUACAAAAUAACUUUGACAUUCUGCCCGGAAUCAGCUGUGAGAGGCUCCAGCACACCAGUGAGCCUCGUGAGGAUAAGGAUUGAUGGAUGGAUGGGACAACACUGAAAAAAAAAAAAACACUUUCCCAUAAAGCAAAGUAGUCAGUGUUCAGAUUGUAUAUCAGUGUAAAUUUACUGUGGCCUAAAAAAAAAAA